AUGCAACCCAAAAAAACUGCGGAGGUGUCCUGUCUACUGCGUGCGGACGGUGCGGCCUUUCACUGCCCGCGUCUCGACCAAAGCUUUCACCCCGGAAUCACCCAAAAUCGUGACCCUUCUCCUUUCAUGGUCUCUUCGCAGUGCGCACUCCGAAGCCCCACACAAAAAGAUCUCAAUACCCGAAGGAAAGUAGAAACCUCGGCCGGAUACAGAUACAACUCAUACGUCUAUCCGUCCUCCAUUCGUGGCACUUGCGAUUCCCGAACAAGUGGCUCUCUACAUAGGAUACCCAAAUCAGGUCCCGACUUAACAAGAAAGCCAAAGCCAUGUCCCUCUCCUGCGUCCUCACUAGUGCUAUCAUUCCUCGGUCGUUCCCCACUUAUUAACAUUGUUCACGCACAACAGAUCCUCUGCAACGUUACAAUCAAUUCCAUGUGCAACACCGAAGCCACAGGCACACACAUUCCCCGCGCCCACUUUGACACUUUCGUCCUUUCAUCAUUUCAGGACUUGCUUGGCAAUCUCGAGGAAUUCAAACAUGCAGGUUCCUCGGUCCUGUUGCUGCUCCUACCGAUGCCAGUGCCAGUGCCAGUGCCAGUGCCAGCGCCAGUUCGUUGCGCGGACCUUCCAAGAGCACUGCAUUCAGAUGUGCUGCGAAAGUGCUACCUAUCGGACCCAUCCUACUUCGGCCCCGACUGCGACGACUGCGAAUUCGAAGUUCUCUGCAUACUUACAGUAUUUCACCUCCGACCGUCCGAAUGGUAUCCUGACAACGAACCUUGAAACGCACAUAUGACGAUUAAUUACUUACUGCGCAUGGACGUCGACCGUCGUGUUAUUUUAUUUAGAGCUCUACGAUACGAUACAGUAACUUAUGUGGCACCACUGCCGUUAUUAUACGUGUCGUUCCUUUGAAGCCGCGGCCGACGCUGCCUAAACCCCGAACCAUGUACAAUAGUAGCCUGUACCAUUCCGAACGCGUGCAGAAAGAGUGUUAAUCAACUGGAAAUUCACUACACCAGACUACACCGGUACCGCAUGGUGGCGCAAUUGUUAUUUGUCGAAACUUGAAACUAGGCUCAUACUGCGGAUUUUUUACACCUG